AUGUCGAACCAGCAAGCCUCGCGCUUCACGCCCCAGAACAAGACGACCAACGAGCGCCUGUCGACACACACAGUCGGCCUCGUAGCGCUCUCCGACUUCCGCAAGCGGCGCGCCGAAGUCCUCGAGCAGCAGGAGCGCGAGGCCCGCGAGGCCGCGCUCUCAGGCACGUCAUCUUCUUCUACUUCAAAACUGCCGGACCGCUCGCAGACUGGCACUCCUGACAACGCUGGCAGUGACUCGACCACCGCCGCCGGCACCGGCACCGGCACCGAUUCCGGGCCGCUGAAGAAGAAGGCCAAGAAGAAGAAGGCGAAGCAGAACCCGGGCAAGAAGCUCUUGUCUUUUGGCGACGACGAUGACGAGCAGGAGGAGGAUGCUGCUGCUGCUGCGGAAUCGGAAGCUGUGAGCGUGAGCGCGCGCGGCGCUUCGACGGAGCCCUCGAGCGACAAGGACGCGGCGUCGGGCGGCGAGAAAAGGGCAAAGAUCAAGGCCAAUGCGGCGGUUGGGGUGAUCCCCAAGGCCGUGACCAAGGCGGCGCUGCGCAAGGAGGCUGCGGAGCGAGAGGCGCUGCGGCGAGAGUUUGUCGCCCUGCAAGAGGCCGUCAAGAACACCGAGAUUGCGAUACCCUUUGUCUUUUACGACGGCGCCAACAUCCCCGGCGGGACGGUCCGCAUGAAAAAGGGCGACUUUGUCUGGGUGUUUCUGGACAAGGGCCGCAAGGUCGGCGCGGAGCUGGGUGUUGGAGAGCAGACGAAUGCACAGAGAGCAUGGGCGAGAGCAGGUGUGGACGAUUUGAUGCUGGUGAGAGGGACUGUCAUUAUUCCUCAUCAUUACGAUUUCUAUUACUUCAUCGUCAACAAGACCACCGGGCCCGGUGGCAAGCGCCUCUUCGACUACAGCGCCGAAGCGCCGAUCCGACCAAGCUCGACCGACGACUCGGACGCGCGACAGCCCGACAUCUCCACGCUGGAAGGGUACAACGAGGACCCGACCCUGACAAAGGUGGUGGAUCGCAGGUGGUACGAGAGGCACAAGCACAUCUACCCGGCCAGCACGUGGCAGGAGUUUGAUCCGGAGAUGGAUUACUCGACGCAGAUUCGGAAAGACAACGGCGGUAACACGUUUUUCUUUGCAAAGUGA